UUUUUUAUUUUUUAUUUUUUUUACUCCUGUUAACAUAUUAAAGUUAUACUUCUAUUUUGAAAUGUGUGAAGUUUGGUUUCUGUGACGACCAUUUACAUUUAUGAAUAAUAAAAAAAUCCAUAAAUCAACAAUACAUUUAUAAUAUACCAUGCUUUAUGUUCAAUUUUACUAUCAAAAUAAAACAAAACAUACUCUUUCCUUAAAUGCAUAUUAAUACCCGUAUUCAUCUUUAAAAAAUAUUCUAAAUCACACCAGAACAUUUUUGAAUAGAUAGUCAAAAAAGAGGUGUACAAUGCUUUCAAUUUCAAUGUUACAAGAAGCACAUUUUAAAUCAAUAUCUUUCCUAAAUCUUGCAAUAAAUUGUUUAACAGGGUAAAUCCUGUGAAUAGUCUUAAACGAGAUCUCACGAAUCUUAUUGGUCACACAAUAUCGUCUUGUAAUUUUAAAGGUUUUUUCACAAUUAAUAUUUUGAAAUUGUGCAUUCCAAAAACAUUUGGCUGAUGGAGCUGCACAAUUUUGACAGAUUUUCCUAAGAUAGCUGUUAUUAUUGGUAUUGAAACAAUGUUAUAUUUUAAUAAUUCAAUAAGUUCAAAAGGUAUAGCAUCAAUCACAGUCAUAAAUUCCUUAAAAGAUACUGGGAAGGUAUAUUUUCCAGAGAAUUCAGAGUGUGUAAGUAAAUUACCAUUGCUGUUAAAUAGUUGUGACACCAAUAAAAUAUAUUUUUUAAACCAAAUGUCAAAAAAAAAUAAAUAAAAUAAAAUAAAAAAUAAUAAUAAUAAUAAUAAUUUUUUCAAAUGAAACAUUUGUGAGGGGAAAUGCUAUGCUUAUACAUAAUCAUCCAUGAUAGUAAGACCUAUUUAUGGAAAUUAGAUCAUUUAAUGGGAAGUCUAUUAAAGGAGGACACUCGGUAUACUGCAGCCUUCAAAGGACGCGUCCUACCUAGAAUGCAGCCUUCCAAAGGAGACACAGCCCCUAUUCUUUUAUAUGGUAUCCGUAAAACGGCGACUUACUGUCGUAACACGCUAGUUGACCGUUACGCUCUCUUCUAUGAUAGAGCCGCGGAUGUUGUUUUCAAAGUAAAUAAAAUAAUCUCUGAUACAGCUGCUGAAGGAGUGACAAUAAAUUUGGCAUCUUCCCUCUUUUGACUGUCGUAAUCCACCGCUCUCUAUGUUUUCCUCUUGUAGAAAAUCGUGAAAACGUAAAAGUGGAGUUUUUCUUUUGCUGUUGGAGCAAACAGAAUCUACUGCAGAUGACUUCAUGAACUGCUUGCCGUGUUUAUCCUAAUCAAAUUGACACCACUUAGGUUUUGCCAUGGCAGAUGGUGUGGACCUCACCCGAAAGUUUGUGUCAGAGUCUGAACUUGAAGAGAAGAGAAAGAAAAGACAAGAAGAAUGGGAGAAGGUCCGCAAGCCAGAUGAUCCAGAGGAGGUCCCAGAUGAAGAGUAUGACCCCCGAUCUCUGUACGAAAGGCUACAAGAGCAGAAAGACAAGAAACAGGAGGAAUAUGAUGAGCAGUUCAAAUUCAAGAACAUGGUUAAAGGUCUGGAUGAAGACGAGAGCAGCUUUCUUGAUGAGGUGUCACGGCAACAGUGUCUAAUAGAGAAACGCAGGCGGGAUGAAGAAGCUCAGGAGAUAAAAGAAUACAGGAGUGCUCUGCAGAAGCUGGCGAGCACAGAAAGCCAAAAGAAGGAGCCAGAAAAAAAAGCAGGACCUAAAUCAACAGAACACAAGACCAGUCACCUGUCUCAGGCUCAUCUGUUGGCUGGGGCAGUCAAACGACGCAGCUUGUCUCUGUCCUCAGAAGGAAGUAAAAAGCUGAAAGUGGAAGAGACAGUUGCCGGCAAUGGCAGUCAAACAGAGCAGGAGGCGGGUGAGCCCAAAUCCCUUGGUGCGGGUGUGACUUGCUCGGGCGUUCUCCACCUGCCCUCCGCUGCUGUAUGUGUGGGCAUCCUGCCAGGGCUCGGAGCUUACUCAGGCAGCAGCGAUUCAGAGUCCAGCAGCGACAGUGAAGGUAGCGUGGACGAGAUUGGCUCUCCCAUAAAGCGCCACAGGCUCUUCAGAUAGACACAUUUACAAAUCACACUCACUCUCACUCUCUCCCUUAACACCUGUGCUGCCCAAGGCUCGGGCUCCGCCCCCUUGCCUACUCGGCGGUGUGGAGCACAAAUCAGUAACUAAAAUGAUUUAGCUCCUUAAGUAUCUCUAAUUUCAGCUCAAUGUUGUGUGUUUAAAGUUAGGAUUAGUCUGUUUAAUUUUUUGUUUGAUGUUUAUUAAAGGCGUUGUAAUUUUAACUUGAAUUGUGGUUGUUGUUGAUGUGUUAUACUCUCAAAACAUGACAAUUCCCCCAUCCUCCUCAUAUUACGUUCCAUACAGUUUAAACCCCUGGCAGCUUAACCUGGUGACGCACCUACCCACCUGCCCCUGCGUCUUCUACAGAGCUAGUGGCCAAGGGGACAAUGACUGACUGACUGACAUCCGAGGAUCAAGAAGGCUGCUAAAUGAAACAUUUAGUCAAAAUCUCUGAUAUCAUCACAAGACAAAUCAGACAUAUUGUGGGCAGUGCUUGUUUGAAGAUGUUUAAACGUCUUGGAGUUUUAAGUUUCUUUGACUUUUUAUUUUAUAAAAAUGAAAUGCUGCAAUGCGAAAUGCUGGAACUUUGCCCUUUAAGGACAUAAAAUGUGUGUGUGACAUUUCGCUGGAAUGAAAAUGAGAAUGAAGUGAGAAUAAAAAAAAAGUUAAAAAAAAAG